GCGGCGGCGCAGUUGUGCGGCAGCGGCGGGAUGAACGGGACGGGCCGGGAGCUGUGCGAGGUCGGCGGAGCUCUGCCGGCCGGGGCCCGCCCGCUGGUCAGCGCGCUCAUGUUCUCCGCCGGGCUCCUGGGCAACCUCCUGGCCCUGGGGCUUCUGCUGCGCUGCCGCCGCGGGCCCCGCGCCCGCGCGCCCGCACUCUUCCACGUCCUGGUGCUGGCGCUGGUGGUCACCGACCUGCUGGGCACCUGCUCCGUCAGCCCCUUCGUCCUGGCCUCCUACCACCACAACCGCACCCUGACCACCCUGCCCCAAGGAAGACACAUCUGCCUCUACUUUGGUUUUGCUAUGAGCUUCUUCGGCCUCGCCACCAUGCUCAUCCUCUUCACCAUGGCGCUGGAGCGAUGCCUGGCCCUGGGGCAGCCUUACUUCUACGAGCGCUUUCUAAGCCCCCGUACGGGCUUGGUUGUCCUGCCUGCCAUCUACACCUUCUCGGCGGCCUUCUGCUCCUUGCCGCUGGUGGGUUUUGGGCAGUAUGUGCAGUAUUGCCCCGGCACUUGGUGCUUCAUCCAGAUGCACCUGGACUACCCCGAGCACGACAGCGGCAGGGAGGUAUCUGGGUUGGACGUCACCUUCUCGCUCCUCUAUGCCACCCUGCUCCUCUUCCUCAUCCUCUCUGUGCUGCUCUGCAACCUCAGCGUCAUUGCCAACCUGGCCCGCAUGCACCGUCGCGGGCAGAAGACCCGCCGGCUGGCCACACUCGAGCAGCCCCGGGCGGCCAGCAGCUGCGGCCGGCGCAUGUUCUCCAUGGCCGAGGAGAUCGACCACCUCCUCCUCCUCUCCAUCAUGACCAUCACCUUUGUCAUCUGUUCCCUGCCCUUCACGAUCCGUGCCUAUGUGAACAAGUUCAGUGAGAAAAAGGACAACCACGAGUGGGACCUCCUGGCCCUGAGAUUCCUGUCUAUCAAUUCCAUCAUUGACCCAUGGGUCUUCGCCAUCCUGAGGCCGCCGGUCCUGCGGUUCAUGCGCUCAGUGCUGUGCUGCCAAGUGACCCUCAUGAGCCAGGACAGACAGACUCCAUCCCCUGCAAAGCCUAACCUGCCAUCACGGAUGAACCCCUGUGGGCAGUAGAUCCAUCAGCCACUGUGGGAGAUGUCUGCCAGGUGAAGCACAGCCCUGACAGAUGUUAAUGAAGCUCUGCCUUAUGGCCCAUAAAGAGACGUAUGUGCUGCUGGGUGGACCAGGUACAGGUGGCCCAUCCAGGUGUCACCACGUGUCUUGAAAGUAAGGCAGUGUGGUCUCUCAUGGGGCAAAAAAUAGAGUGGGACAAGAUUGUAAGGGCUGGUGAGUACCUGGAUAUUGAUGAUGGGGCUGUUCCUGCCUGGCAAAGGGUGCAGGCUGCGUUCAGCCGUGCUGUGGGAGGGUCAGGGGGUGAAGCAUGGGGUGAUGUUCUAUAACACUACCUCAGUGGGGGCUGUCAGGGAGCAGAGCUUCCUGCUGGUGUGCUUCCCAGAAGGGUCCUCGCAGUGAUUUUGGGCUAAAGGCAGCGUGUUGGCAGGGUACAGGUCCUGGAGGUGGGGUUGUGUGGUCACCAUUGCUGCAAGCACCUGUCUCUGUGCCCAGGUCCCUAGUGAUUGGGUAGGAGAAGAAGGGAGUACUGUAUCCCCAAACACUAUUCUUUAUUUGGUAGGCUCGUUGCCUAAAGAAAUACACUUUAUCUGGUGUAGGUCUGUAUGCAUGUGUCUGUCAGUCCAUUCCCACCCCAGAGAUUUUAGACUCCAGUGGGUGCCAGUCCAGCAUAUGUGAGGGGCACAAAAAAAGCCAAAGAAUCAAACUUUUGGCACUUCCCUAGUGCUGUGAUGGCAGCAGAGCUGUGUGGACAUUCCUGAGCCCCAGUUUGUUAUUUUCUUUGCCCUAUAUUUGUGUAGGAACUGACAAGGGGAAUAAAGAACCCGACCAGGGAAUAGGAGGUUUCAGUCACAGCCAUGGACUUUGCCCACGUCCAGGGUGAUGCUGCUGGUGGGUUUUGGGUUGGCACAGAGGAGGGCUCAUCCUCUCGGGCUGCCCACAAAGAGCCUUCCAUUGCCCUCCUGUUGGCGUGGGACAAACCUGCUCAGGGGCUUUGCUUCUCUAGAGGUUUUAUUUGGAAAAGAAAACAACAAAACCCCAACAAAACCAGACACCCCAAGUGCACAACCAUCCAGGUCAUCAAUCCUGCCCUACAGGCAGUGUCCUUCAGUACCGCUGUUUGUUUUGUGGAAUGCCUGUUGCUCUUCAGGGCUCCAGACUGGUCCUCACCAGCAUCAGGAGCAUCUGACCCUGCGGUCCCAAGACCAUCACUGCUGCCAUUAGGGAGUUACUGGGGGACUCCCAUUUGUGCUGCAUCGAGCAUGUGCAGUGUCAUGAUGCUAUUGCAAGUGGGGCAUUUCCAAGUCCAUCUUAGGGCUGCUGCUCUGCUCAAAGAGCCCAAAGGUGCUGUGAUUCGGAGCUUUUCUGAGGUUUGUUUGUUGAGGUGAUGUAAAGCUAAUAUAUUAUUAUUUAAAUAAUAAAUGUCUUUCCAAGGA